AUGGAUGUGUCAGAGCUUGGAGAGGCUGCGGCCUUCCUCAGAAGAAGCCAGGCCGAGCUGCUUCUGCUACAGGCUGUGGCCUUUGAUGGGAAGAAGAAAUGCUGGAUUCCUGAUGGCAGAAAUGCCUACGUGGAGGCCGAGGUUAAAGGGAGAAGAAAUGAUGGCAAAGUAAUUGUUGAGACAGCAGACGGAAAGAGUCUGAGUGUCAAGGAGGUUGAAGUCCAGCAGAUGAAUCCCCCAAAGUGUGAAAUGAUUGAAGAUCUAGCAAUGCUGACUCAUCUCAAUGAAGCGUCGGUCCUGCAUACCCUGAAGAGGCGCUAUGACCACUGGAUGAUCUAUACAUAUUCAGGUCUCUUCUGUGUGAGCAUAAACCCUUACAAGUGGCUCCCAGUGUAUCAGAAAGAAGUCGUGGCUGCCUACAAAGGGAAGAGGCGAUCAGAAGCUCCCCCUCACAUCUUCGCUGUUGCCGAUAAUGCCUUUCAGGAUAUGCUUCACAAUCAAGAGAAUCAGUCUGUACUUUUGACAGGAGAAUCUGGUGCUGGAAAGACUGUGAACACCAAACAUAUUAUCCAGUAUUUUGCCACCAUUGCAACCAUGGGUGAAUCUAGGGAAAAAUCUGCUGUAUUUAUUUUACCUGUAUCUCAGGGGUCUUUAGAAGAUCAAAUCAAGCAAGUGAAUCCUAUCUUGGAAGCAUUUGGAAAUGCCAAAACCCUGAGAAAUGAUAACUCCUCUCGUUUUGGCAAGUUCAUCAGGAUGCACUUCUGUGCCAGAGGCAAGCUGUCAUCUGCAGACAUUGAUAUUUAUUUGCUUGAAAAAUCCCGAGUGAUUUUCCAGCAGCCUGGAGAGAGGAACUACCACAUAUUCUAUCAAAUUCUGUCUGGGAAAAAAGAACUUCAUGACAUGCUCCUGGUGUCUGAAGAACCCUCCGACUUUCCCUUUUGCUCUCAGGGAGUUGUUGCUGUGGACAGCUGGGAUGAUGCUGAAGAAUUGCUGGCCACUGAUCGGGCCAUGGACAUCUUGGGCUUUCUUCCUGAUGAGAAGCAUGGAUCUUAUAAACUCAUUGGAGCCAUCAUGCACUUUGGAAACAUGAAAUUUAAACAGAAACCCAGAGAAGAGCAAGUGGAAGCAGAUGGCAUAGAAAGUGCUGACAAAGCUGCGUUCCUUAUGGGCAUUAACUCCUCUGAGUUGGUGAAGGGCUUGAUCCACCCUAGAAUCAAAGUUGGUAAUGAAUAUGUUACUAGAGGUCAAAAUGUAGAACAGGUGACCUGUGCUGUUGGUGCCCUGUCCAAGUCAAUAUACGAAAGGAUGUUUAAGUGGCUGGUGGCACGAAUCAACAGGGCGCUGGAUGCCAAGCUGUCAAGGCAAUUCUUCAUCGGCAUUCUUGACAUCACUGGUUUUGAAAUCCUUGAUUAUAACAGCCUUGAGCAACUUUGCAUUAAUUUUGCCAAUGAAAAAUUACAACAGUUCUUUAAUCAGCGCAUGUUUGUUCUGGAGCAAGAGGAAUACAGGAAGGAAGGCAUUGGCUGGGUGUCCAUCGACUUUGGUCUGGAUUUACAAGCCUGCAUAGAUCUCGUGGAGAAGCCAAUGGGCAUCUUUUCCAUCCUCGAGGAAGAAUGUAUGUUUCCUCAGGCCACAGAUGUGACUUUCCAGACCAAACUUUUUGACCACCAUCUUGGGAAGUCGGUUCAUUUCCAGAAGCCCAAGCCUGAUGAUAAGAGAUGUGAAGCUCAUUUUGAGCUUGUCCAUUAUGCAGGAGCGGUGCCUUAUAACAUUAGUGGCUGGCUUGAAAAGAACAAAGACCUUCUUAAUGAAACAGUGGUGGCUGUAUUUCAGAAGUCAUCAAACAGACUCCUGGCAAACCUUUUUGAAAAUCGCGUCGGUACUGACAGUGGUGAGUUGAACAAGUUUGGGGAAAAGCAGCGCAAGAGAGGAGUUUCAUUCCAAAUGGUUGCAUCUCUGCAUAAAGAAAACCUAAAUAAAUUGAUGACUAAGCUGAAAUCAACAGCACCUCAUUUUGUGAGAUGCAUAAAUCCCAAUGUGAACAAAAUACCAGGUGAGUUGGAUCCCUACUUGCUUCUGCAGCAGCUCCGCUGUAAUGGUGUCUUAGAAGGGAUCAGGAUAUGCUGUGAAGGUUUUCCGAACCAACUGCUAUAUGCUGAUUUUAAACAAAGGUACUGCAUUCUGAACCCAAGAGCCUUUCCGAAGAGUAGGUUUGUAAGCAGCAGAAAAGCAGCUGAGGAAUUACUUGGCUCAUUGGAGAUAGACCAUAUCCAGUACCGCUUUGGAAUCACUAAGGUGUUUUUAAAAGCUGGCUUUCUGGAACAACUGGAAGCAAUGAGACAUGAGAGACUAUCUAAAGUCUUUACAUUGUUCCAAGCCAGAAUACGGGGCAAAUUGAUGCGAAUCAAGUUCCAGAAGAUUCUGGAAGAGAGGGACGCACUUCUUUUGAUCCAGUGGAACAUAAGAGUUUUCAUGGCUGUGAAGAACUGGCCCUGGAUGAGGCUCUUCUUCAAGAUCAAGCCUCUUGUUAAAUCUGCUGAAAUGGGAAAGGCGAUAGUUGCUCUGAAGGAAGAGUGUGUGCAACUGCAAAAAGCCUUGGAGAAGUCAGAAUCUCAGAGGGAAGAACUGAAAGCAAAACAGGUCUCCUUCAUCAGGGAGAAGAAUGACCUGCUUCUUCAGCUGCAGGCUGAGCAAGAGACCCUGGCAAAUGUUGAAGAGCAGUGUGAGUCACUGAUUAAAUCCAAGAUCCAGCUGGAGGCCAGAGUCAAGGUGCUGUCUGCGCGAGUGGAGGAAGAAGAGGAGAUAAAUUCCGAGCUGACGGCCAGGGGGCGGAAGCUCGAAGAUGAAUGUUCCGAGUUGAAGAAAGAAAUCGAUGACCUGGAAACAAUAUUGGUGAAGUCACAGAAGGAGAAGUGUGCUACGGAGCACAAGGUCAAGAACCUGAUGGAGGAAGUGGAGUCUCUAAAUGAGGAUAUCAGCAAACUUACCAGAGCAGCCAAGGUCAUGCAGGAGGCCCAUCAGCAGACACUGGAUGACCUGCACAUAGAGGAGGAGAAACUCAGCAGCCUGAGCAAAGCCAAGUUGAAGUUGGAACAGCAAGUAGAUGAGCUUGAGGGUGCCCUUGAGCAGGAGAGAAAAGCAAGAAUGAACUGUGAGAGGGAAAGGAGCAAACUGGAGGGCGAUUUUGAGCUGCACCGCAAGAGCAUGGAGCACCUGGAGAGCAGCCAGCUGCAGCUGGCAGGAAAGCUGAGCGAGAAAGAACUAGAAAUGAAUCAGAUGAAUUCGAAGGUGGAGAAGGAGAGAAGCCUGGUGGCUCAGCUUCAGAACAUGGUUAAAGAGCUUCAGGUACAGAUACAAGGUUUAAAGAGGGAACUGGAAGUUGAAAGGACCACUCGAGCCAAGGUGGAGAGGGAGAGAGCUAACCUCACUCAAGAACUGGAAAACUUGAACGAGAGACUGGAGGAGGCAGGAGGCACCAGUUUGGCUCAGCUGGACAUAACUAAGAAACAGGAAACAAAAUUCCAGAAGCUUCGCCGAGAAAUGGAAAAUGCUACAUUGCACUUCGAGACAACUUCGGCCUCUUUGAAGAAGAGACAUGCAGACAGCCUGGCUGAACUCCAGGGCCGACUUGAAAAUUUACAACAGGUCAAGCAGAAAUUAGAAAAAGACAAGAAUGACUUGCAGCUAGAAGUGGAUGACCUCCUGACCAAUGUUGAACAGAUGACCAGAGCUAAGGCUAACUCUGAGAAGCUCUGUAGUCUGUAUGAAGAGCGCCUGAAUGAAGCAAAUGGAAAACUAGAUGAAGUGACUCAGUUGGCAAAUGACCUGAAAGCACAGAAGACAAAGUUAUGGAGUGAGAAUGGUGAGCUCCUAAGGAGGCUGGAAGAAAAAGAAGCUCUGAUAAACCAACUUUCCAGGGAAAGGAGUAACUUCACUCGGCAGAUAGAAGAACUGAAAGGGCAACUGGAAGAGGAAUCCAAAUCACAGAGUGCCCUGGCCCAGGCCCUGCAGUCAGCCAAGCAUGACCAUGACCUUCUACAAGAGCAGUAUGAGGAAGAACAAGAGGCUAAGGCUGAGCUGCUCCGGGCUCUCUCCAAAGGCAACAGUGAAAUGGUGCAGUGGAGAAUGAAGUACGCAGAUGACAUCACCCAGAGGACUGAGGACUUGGAGGAUGCCAAGAAGAAGCUGGCAAGCAGGUUGCAGGAGGCCGCUGAAGCCGUGGGGGUGGCAAACGCCAGAAACGCCUCCCUGGAGAGGGCCAGGCACCGACUGCAGCUGGAGCUGGGGGACACCCUGUGUGACCUCGGGAAGGCCCGCUCCUCCGCAGCUGUGCUGGGCCGGAAGCAGCAGCACUUUGACAGGUGCCUCGACGACUGGAGGCAGCAGCAGGAGGAGUCACAGGCCAUGCUGGAGGCCUCUCGGAGGGAGGCCCGGGCCCUCAGCGCCGAGCUCCUGGAGCUCAGGCAGGCCUACGAGGAGAGCAGCGCGAGCCGGGAGACCCUCCAGACGGCGAACAAGCAGCUCCAAGAAGAGAUUUCCAAUCUGACAAAUCAGGUAAGAGAAGGAAAGAGGAACCUGAGUGAAAUGGAAAAGGUCAAGAAACAGAUUGAACAAGAGAAGACUCAAGUCCAAGUGGCACUGGAAGAAGCAGAGGGAGCUCUGGAACGUAAUGAAAGCAAGAUUCUUCGCUUCCAGCUUGAACUCUUGGAAGCUAAAGCAGAACUUGAAAGAAAGCUUUCAGAGAAAAAUGAAGAAAUAGAAAAUUUGAGGAGGAACAAGCAAUGCGCUAUUGACUCCCUGCAGUCUAGUCUGGAUUCUGAAACUAGAAGCAGAAUUGAGGUGACCCGGCUGAAGAAGAAUGUGGAAGGGGACCUCAGUGAGAUGGAACUCCAGCUUAGCUGCGCCAACCGGCAGGUGUCAGAGGCAACCAAAUCCCUGGGCCAGCUUCAGACCCAGGUCAAGGACCUUCAGGUGCAGCUAGAUGACAGCACACACCUGAACAGUGAGCUGAAGGAGCAGGUGGCUAUGGCUGAGAGGCACAACUCUCUUCUCCAGUCCGAGCUAGAGGAGCUGAGGUCCCUGUACAAGCAGACAGAGUGUGGGCGCAGGCUGGCAGAGGAAGAACUCCUGCAGGCCACAGAGAGAAUCAAUCUUUUCCAUACCCAGAACACUAGCCUCCUCAGCCAGAAGAAGAAACUGGAGGUUGAUGUUGCCAGGAUGCAGAAAGAAGCCGAAGAGGCAGUGCAGAGGUGUCAAAAUGCAGAAGAGAAGGCCAAGAAGGCAGCCACUGAGGCAGCAAACGUAGCCGAAGAACUAAAGAAGGAGCAAGACACCAGUGCCCACCUGGAGAGGAUGAGAAAGAAUAUGGAGCAGACAAUUAAAGACUUACAAAAAAGGCUGGAUGAAGCUGAACAGACUGCAGUGAUGGGGAAUAGAAAGCAGAUCCAGAAGCUAGAAUCGAGGGUGCGCGAGCUGGAAGGGGAGCUGGAGGACGAGGCGCGCCGCGCAGCCGAGGCCCGCAGCGGAGCGCGCAGGCUGGAGCGCUGCGUCAGGGAGCUGAGCCGCCAGGUAGAGGAAGACAAGACAAAUCUGAGCAGGAUGCAGACUCUGAUGGAUAAACUUCAGCUACAAGUACAAAGUUACAAGCAGCAAAUGGAGGCAGCAGAAGCACAAGCCAAUCAAUAUCUUUCCAAGUAUAAGAAGCAGCAACAUGAGUUGAACGAAGCUAAGGAAAGGGCAGAGAUAGCAGAAUCUCAAGUCAAUAAACUCAAGAUCAAAGCAAAGGAGUUUAGAAAAAAGGCUCAUGAAGAAGAAUAAGAAGUCCCUGCUUAUGAAGGAUGGAGGCUGGACAAGGAUGGUACCAUUUAAUGACGGAAAACUUAGGUUGCAUUUGAAACAAGCAUUUAAAAAAACAUGUUGCACUUGAAACAAGCAUUUAAAAAAAUGUUUAUGUGGUGUGGAAAGUAGUUUAAACAAGGUGAUUAGAAGAUAUAAUAGAGUAUCUUUGCUUCCAAAGUUAAUGGGGAUUUUUCAGAUUCUCAAAUAUAAGUAAUGUAAGAAUUGUUUAAAUUCUGAAGUUAAAAAAAUGAAUACCUAUUCUUUUGUCCAUAUUGCCUCUCAAUGAGUAAUAUUUAUAGAAGACAUGAGGCCUAGGGUAUGUUGUAAAUUGUUAUUACUAAAGUUAAUGAAUUUUUCUUGACUCAUCCAUUCAGGAGUCUGUGUUUUCAGCCACUAAUGGUAGGAGUUGAUCAGCUUUCAUCCUAGCACUGUGGUGUACAUAUAGUCACAAGCACUUAGAAUUUAUAGAUUAAAUCCUCCUAAUCUACACCUGGCUUGGUCACAUGUUAGUGUAGCUUUUCAACACUGAAGCAGCUUCUCAUAUAAGACACUCCAUUCAGUGAUAGAUGGGAUAUUGGCUUUGUAUUGUGCCAAUGUAUCUAAGCAGGAGGUACAUUUCCUUUUUCUGUGUGCUUCUGGAUUAGAGUUGGUCACAAGGAAAUUUUCACCAGAUUUGAGAGGGAGAAGUGAAGGAGCAAUUGUCUACUUUAUGCUGUGAAGGCCAGAGUAUGGCCCCAGGCACUGUCAUAGCUGACAAAUGUUACCCCAGUCCAAGAAAGUGAGUUAGCAGUAAGGCUCCCUCCUUCAGCUUCGAGUCCUGCCUAGGUGUGCUUGGUUCCAUGGUACUGGAUGCCAGCUUCUCUAGCAGGUCACCCCUAGCGUUGCCUAGGAAUACGAGUCCUAGUUUGUUCUUGCAGAUUUCAGUUCAUCCUCACUCCAUAUCCAGCUCUCCAUCCUGAACACUGGCACAGCUGACUUCCAGCUACUUCAGGUCCAGCCCCAGCUGCAGAGGGGACAGCCUGACAUAGACUUCUUCACAAGUGCCCAAAAUUAUAUGAGGUUGAUGCUAUAUAAUAAAUCUUUAUUCCCUGUCAUUCUCAGCACUCUGCCUCUCUGACCCCAACCCUAACUCCUACAGAUGGCUCUAAGAUUAAUUCAGAGGCUCAACAGCAUUGAAAGACCCAGGUUCAUUCUUAUCUACUAUCUUCGAUUUGUUGACUUUGGUCUUUCCAUUUUGUAAGAAGACUAUAUAGCAGUUCUGAGCAUUUUCUCCUCACAAUUGAAGUUGUUUUUUUUUUUUUUAAAUAAUGAUAUCAACACUUUAUGCUAAAUACCUGUCAACAUUAUAGCAAAUACUUAGAGAAAAUCAGACCAGGUAGCAUUAACACACAGUUCGGGGUUGGUCUUCUCCUAUAAACUAUAGGGUCAAAGUUUAAGUCACUAAGAUCGUGGUUAGCCUUUUCUUUCUUAUAAAUUGAUUAAAAGGGAAGAGAUCAUCAAGUCAGCUGGGCUAUCCAUUCUCUUUGUGUAAAAAUUUAUAUGGAAAUCUAAAUUUAUUAUAAGGCUGAUUAACAAUAUGACAACUGAGCCAGAAAAAUGAAUCAAAUCAUCUCCAGAGCUAAUGUCACUCGGCUGUGCAAACCUGGUGUUGGAAGGUACAACCUAACCCCAGAGAUGUCAGUUUUUGAGUUGAUAGGGCCUUUUGCUCUAGGCAGUCUUGGAGAUACUGACAUUUUACACUUUGGAGUCCCUAAGACUCACUAUAUUAAAUCGAGUUUGUUACACUGCUAUUAACUAUUCACAUAAAGCUGGAGUACAAUACCUUAGCAUAUCAAUUGCCCCAGUUUUUCACCUUUUCACUAAGGUGAUUUCUGCUUUUGUGUUCUCUCACCUUUCAUUAGCUGAUUAGAUUUUUGAAUCAGUACUUAAGGAUACAUUUCUUCCAAGAUCUUGGUGGGAGGAGUGUCACCAAAUGAAAGUUUGAAUUGGCAUACAGAAAUUCAUCAUCUUGAUGCAGGUAGGGAGUCAGUGAGUGAUGAUUAGGACUUGAAGAGUAAAUGUGAUGGCAGGACAGACAAUGGUUGCAAGUCUUUCCAAUGGUAGAAUUAUUAGGCCAUGACAAGCCAUGGCUGGAAGUGCAGUGAAGAAAGGGAAAGAGAGGUCACUAAAUAUUAAAGAUGCUCAUCAUGUGUUGACAUAGUCCUGUCUUAAUUUCCUGUAGUAGCUGGCUGAGCUGAAAUAGCCUAGAACCAAGAAAAAUGGACUUGAAAUGGCUAUGGUUCAUGUAGGAAUAAUCAUUUUUAUCUUAAGUGUUAAAUAACAGUGUUUUGUUUUGAGGGGGGGAUAUUUAGAGCUAUUGUUUGCAUCUGUAAUCAGAGAUCUAUGAGACAGUUAUAGUUAUGAAGUCUAAAUUUCCCUUCUAGUGUUUAACCAAUAGGAAAAACAAGUUUACCCAACUCUUUGCUUUUAUUUAUAUUAUUAAUUAAAAUCAUAAUAAAAGGUGUGCAACAAAAUAUUUUAACUCCAUUUUAAAUUGAGUUUGCAAUCAAACUAUAACUUGUAAGUGAAUUAUUAAUGCCCAAGGAGCCUAGAAAUGGUUGGAAAAGUAUGAAAGGCCAGCCAUCUGAAUCUGGGCAGAAACUGUAAUCUGCUUUUCUCUAUUUUGUGUUUUUUUUCUACUUCUGUACAGUCCCAUGCUUCCAUUGAAAGAAUGAGUACAGUGGUGCACCAUCAUAUGCAUAGUACCAUUGGAGAUCUUCUCUACAAAUAACGAUAGGAAAUGAGAAGGGCAGCCCCUUAUUUAAGUAGAACCUAUUAAUAGACAUUGGAAAACGCUCAAAUUGUAUCCUCCCCCCCCCCCGUUAUGUUAUCCUAUGAUCUCUCUUACCCCUUUUCUCCCUUCUAUAAAAGUCUUGCAUGAGGAUGUGUGAAUCAAUUACUUUGAUACAGUAGCAUUCUUAUGCUAUAGAUGGUUUGAUAAAGGAAAGGCUUUACCUGGUUUUCUUCAGCACCAGCAGUGUUGGCCCUCUCAGUAUGGACAGAGCACCUUUCUAUAGGAAAAGAGAGAAACUUUGCAAAGAGAUUUUUUUUUCUAACAAAUUCUUUUAUUCCUACCUCAGCACUAUUAUGCUAUUAGACUCAGCUUAGUUACUCCCGCUUUCAUAUCUUUCUUCCAACAAACAGCCUUAAAAAUGCAUUCAGUGUAGAAAUACCUCAUCAGCUACAAAUAGCAAUAAAUUCUUAUGGCUGAUUCAGGUGCAUCAAACCAGGGAUAAAGGCUGUUCAACCAGGCCAGGAAUUCCUGGCUCUUUAGGAUUGUUGGCCUGAGUCCUAUUACCUGUUAACAAUGGAAAAAUAACAGCCAAGGAGGUGAUGGUUAAGCCCAGCAAUGGUGAAGGCAAAGGGCUUGUUACAAUGCCAUUUUCUAAGGAAGGCCUUACUUUUGUGCCUCACUAAAAUCUAGGAUAAUUUAUACUUAUCCUAGACUAAGGGUAUUUUACAACAAUUCUUGAAAAAGGAAUUUAAAGAAGAAAAUGCAUACCAUUGUCAUAUGAAACUACAACCAAGGACAUGGUGGUAGGCAAGGUUUGGGGGCCUUUAGUUUAACAGCUUGGAAAAUAAUUUCAGCCUACCUAACUACAGAACUAUACAGCUUUAUUUUUUUUUUUUUAAGUAGCAAAUACCCUAACAUUGUUUUUGCUGAUAUCUCCUCCAGAAUCAAUCCAGCCUGUUGUCCCUGACCUGGAGGGCUUCCUUCUACAAGCUAGGUCUUCCCUCUGGCUUCUAGCUGGGGUGGAGAGCAGAGAGAGGAAGGGUCAAAAUCACAUAUUUAUUCUCCCAGCAUCUUCCUUGUAAGGUCACCUUGGUCUGGCUGUGUCCUUCAAGUAAAAGUUACUCUCCCUACAAGGCAUCUGAUUUUAUAGGACUCUCUUCUUCAGGGUUUUGUAAAAGUACACCCUCUCCUUGUCCUUUUAAGUUUAGAUUUUGCUAACAAAUCAGCUGCUCCAAGCUCUGGAGAAAUGAACUAUCCUCUGUGCUCCCCUGUGUACAGUUUUGAGUGUGUCAGUCGUUUUCUGUUGGGACUUGACUUUUGCACACGUCCAGUAUAGAAACUAAACUGUCAUUCUGGAGCCAUAUGUAGUGUCCUAUAAUUUGAACCUGAAUCUAGUCACAAGUAUCAUUAUAUGAGGUCAGAGGUUGCUAAAGGGCACAAACUAGCCUUGCCUAUGAUUGCCCAUCUUUUUCUACUUUUGGCCAGCUAAGGGACAGGAGGAACAAGUAAUAAGUAAGGCUAGCCUACCUAUUAGUACAAAAUCACAGUGUAAAAUUGGUGAAAUGCUUGCUCACUGUCACACUUAAUAUCUUACCUUCAAUAAAGUUGUCUGUUAGGACCAAAUCCCCUAAUCUCAUCAGAAGCAAAAAGGCAAUUAUCAAUCAGAGGAAGGGUCAAUUUCAACCUCCCAGGACACUCAGUCUUCUCAGACAAAUUAUGGAAUAAGAGAGAGCUGCUUAGGAUCUAGAUCUACCUCUACCACUAGUUAGCUGGAUCACCCUAAGUGGUAUACAUAAGUCUGUUUUAUGCCCCUAAUUUCUUGUAUUCCAGUUUCCUGGUUUAUAAGAUGUAGAAAUAAGUAGAUCUAAGUUUUUCCUAGAUCUAAUUCUGUCAAUAGAGCCAAGAAGUCCUGUAACCAUGACAUCUUAAUGUAUCAUUUUAAAUUACCAUAAGUAAUUACUAUAAGUAAUCCAAGUUUGUUGCAGAAAAUCUAGAAAAGUAUUUUUAAAAAUGUAACAAUGAUUUUUUAAAAAGGCCCCAUAAAAGACAGAACAGUAGCACUAUAGACAAAGCUCAAAGAAAGAGAAAACAGAGUGCAGGCACUAAAGCAAGUCUAGACAUGGGGACAAACGCUUUCCAAAGGCAUCCAUUUUUAGUUUGAGCUUAUUUCUUUCCAGCUGUUUUUCAAUGCAAAAUAAUUUUGAUAAUUCUGUGUAUUAUUUUAUUGCCAGAUUUAAAUUUUUUCAGUCUGUUGCAAUACAUGUGCUUAUACAACUUUGACCAUUUAACUCAGAAUAAAUUUGUUAGAAAUAUAGUUAGCUAGAAA